AUGAGUACUUUUGCAAAAGCAUCUUCUAAAUUUAAUUACAAGCCGUUGCUUGCCCUUGCUGCAGCAGCAGCUGGUGGCUACGGGUAUGUCAAUUACAAAAAGGGCGCUCCUGCACCCCAGAGCCCCAAGAAUCCUGCUCCGGCUGCGUCACUGUUGGCCACCAAUGUGAGAGAAGCCACCACUAGUGUCUCCUCGUUCGAAAAGUAUCAACAAAUCUACAAUGACAUUGCCAAGAAGCUUAUCGACGAAGACGACUACGAUGACGGGUCUUACGGUCCGAUUCUGGUCAGAUUGGCAUGGCAUUGUUCAGGAACCUACGAUCAGAACGACCCUUCAAAGAACAAGGGAGGUUCUUACGCUGGUACCAUGAGAUUCCAGAAGGAACAGGACGACCCAGAAAACGCAGGAUUGAAGACAGCCCAAGAUUUCUUAGAGCCAUUCAAGACAAAGUACCCUGAACUUUCUUACGGAGACCUCUGGACUUUAGGUGGAGUCGUUUCUAUCCAAGAACUUGGCGGUCCAAAGAUCAAAUGGAGACCAGGACGUAAAGAAUUGGGAUUGGAUGCUGUUCCUCCGUAUCACAGACUCCCGCAUGCUCCUGAAGAGGAGCCUGACUACGUUCGUAGCGUUUUCCACAACAGAUUGGGUUUUACGGACCAGGAGAUGGUGUGUUUGAUUGGUGUUGGACACGCAUUGGGAAGAUGUCACACCAAUGCUUCCGGAUUUGAUGGACCUUGGACAUUCUCACCAACAAUGGUUACUAACGACUUUUUUAAAUUAUUACUCGACGAGGACUGGAAAGUCAGGGAUUGGAAUGGACCUAAGCAAUACACGGACUCCAAAACCAAAUCCCUCAUGAUGCUCCCCACAGAUAUGGCAUUGAAGACGGACUCCAAGUUUAGAGAGUACGUGGAAUUGUACGCCAAGGACGAAGAAAAAUGUAUGAAGGAUUUCGCCGAUGUGUUCUCCAGAUUGUUGGAGUUGGGAAUCAAGUUCCCUGAUUCGACGAAGCCUAUGGUCUUCAAAACGCUCGAGGAGCAAGAUCAAUAA